CAUAUACUUAAAAAAGCAGAAAGUGGCUCAAAUGCUCUUAAAAUACCGUCAAAUCUAUAGUAUUAAAAUAUUAACAACCUAUUUUACGAUUUAUUGGCAUAGAGUUUUAUCCAACUUUUUGAUAAACAUGUCAUUAUUACAUGACAUUACUGUAACACUAGAUUUUAAUAUUUUAAAAUUUAUUUCAUAGAACAUGCAUUUUUUCUUGUAAAUUAUAUAAAUUUUGAGUAAUUUUGACGCAAUGGAAGACAAUUUUAACAAAUUGCAAAAAGAUAAACAGAAUACUGUUGAUAACCUCAUUAAAUGGUUGAAGGAUUGUAAAAUAAUCGACGGCAAAAAUGUGACAGAAGAUAAGGCGCGAAAACUUUUCGACGAUGUUGCCGACGCGAAAAAUGUGGCGUUCUCUAAAUUCCAAGAUGCUGUCACAAAAUUAGCAGCUGGCCAGCAGCAAAAUGUUGAUGCGUUUAUGAAAUCUUUAGCAGAUGAGGCUCCGAAGGUUUUAGAGGCGGCUGCAGCGGCUGCUAGCGCUUUGAAGGACGCGCUUAUGAAAAAAUAAAUUGAUUAAAUAAUUAUA